AGUUGCGUCACAUCCGGGGUCAGGGCGCCAGAUUCCGGAAGAGGCUGCACAGUUGUGGCGGCUGUUUCUGCGUUGAUGUUUAGUUUCUUUGCUGCCGGAGGGGCGGAAUACACAGCAGCAUCAUGGUGGAGGAGGUACAGAAGCAUUCUGUGCAUACACUUGUGUUCAGGUCAUUGAAGAGGACCCAUGACAUGUUCGUAGCUGACAAUGGAAAACCUGUGCCUUUGGAUGAAGAGAGCUUCCCUCCCGCUGCUCUCAGAGCCUUGCUGAGCUGAAACUGUACCUGGCCAGUACUUCUGCUCCCAUCUUUUCUCUCACAAACGAAAAAUGGCAAUUAAGCUAAGGAAUGAAUAUGGUCCUGUGUUGCAUAUGCCCACUUCGAAAGAAAAUUUAAAGGAGAAGGGUCCUCAAAAUGCAUCGGAUUCAUAUGGUCAUAAACAAUAUCCUGCGAAUCAAGGACAAGAAGUUGAGUAUUUGGUGACCGGUACGCAUCCCUAUCCGCCAGGACCUGGAGUUGCUUUAACUGCAGAUACUAAGAUCCAAAGAAUGCCAAGUGAGUCAGCCGCACAGUCCUUAGCUGUGGCUCUGCCUUCUUCUCAGGCCAGGGUUGAUGCAAAUCGUAGUGCACCUGCUGGAGGUCCCGACCGUUCACAGCCUGCAGGGAUGACUUUGGCUGUUAUGGAGGGUGGCAAUGCCAAGAACUCUGCACUGAUGGCUAAAAAGGCCCCUACGAUGCCGAAACCCCAGUGGCACCCACCAUGGAAACUCUACAGGGUGAUCAGUGGGCAUCUUGGCUGGGUUCGAUGCAUUGCUGUGGAGCCUGGAAACCAGUGGUUUGUUACUGGAUCUGCCGACAGAACUAUAAAGAUCUGGGAUUUGGCCAGUGGCAAAUUAAAACUGUCAUUAACUGGUCACAUUAGUACAGUUCGUGGUGUGAUAGUCAGCUCACGGAGCCCGUACCUGUUCUCCUGUGGAGAAGACAAACAAGUCAAGUGCUGGGAUCUUGAAUAUAAUAAGGUUAUAAGGCACUAUCACGGACACCUGAGUGCAGUGUAUGGUCUGGAUUUGCAUCCAACGAUUGAUGUGCUGGUAACCUGUAGUCGAGAUUCAACUGCACGGAUCUGGGAUGUGCGAACUAAAGCUAGUGUGCACACGUUGUCUGGACACACGAAUGCGGUUGCUACAGUGAGGUGUCAGGCUGCAGAACCUCAGAUUAUUACUGGAAGCCACGACACUACAAUACGAUUAUGGGAUUUGGUGGCUGGCAAAACAAGAGUUACGUUAACAAAUCACAAAAAAUCAGUCAGGGCUGUGGUGUUACAUCCAAAACACUACACAUUUGCCUCUGGUUCUCCAGAUAACAUAAAACAGUGGAAAUUCCCUGAUGGAAGUUUCAUUCAAAAUCUUUCUGGUCACAAUGCUAUUAUUAACACAUUGACAGUAAAUUCUGAUGGAGUGCUUGUAUCUGGAGCUGACAAUGGUACAAUGCAUCUUUGGGACUGGAGAACUGGCUACAAUUUCCAGAGAGUUCAUGCAGCUGUGCAGCCUGGCUCUUUGGAUAGUGAAUCAGGAAUAUUUGCUUGUGCUUUUGAUCAGUCGGAAAGUCGUUUACUAACGGCAGAAGCUGAUAAAACCAUUAAAGUGUACAGAGAGGAUGAUACAGCGACAGAAGAAACUCAUCCAGUCAGCUGGAAGCCAGAAAUUAUCAAGAGGAAGAGAUUUUAAUGUGGCAUCCUCUUCAAGAUGUUUUUUUCUUUUUUUGUUUUUGUUUUUGUUUAGCCUGGUGUUGAUGAGGAUAUCUAGUCAUUCUGUGCUCUGGCUAGGAUUAUAAAGCAGAAACUCACAUGCUUGAAUCAUUGCUGCUUAAUAUUUUACAAUAAAAUGUGUUGUCUCCCCCUCCCCAUGUUUUUAUUUCUAAAGUAAAUAAAUAAUUUGACAUCCUAGGAAGAUGCAGAUAUCAAGCACAUGCAGGUUUGUUGAGUAUAACUAUGCUAAAGAUAGAGUAUUUUGUCGAUUUUAUUAAAAGGUACUUUUUUUCCUUUUAACUUACCAAAUUGCCUGUCAUAAUAGGACUUGUUCUGAGGGGAGCAGUUUGGUUUCCUUUUUAAAUUCUUUAAAACUAGUAUCUGUGACUGAUAAUUUUGUAUUAAAGGAUUUGAAGUCUUAGUUUAACUGACAUAUGUUGAUUCCACAGACAGUUUUUGAGUGCAUGUUCUGCGAAGUGCCACGCUAGAUCACUGUUCAGGAUACAGAUAAAUAAGAUGUGUCCUUCCUCCAAGACUUCUGGUUUAUUGUAGAAUGCUGUGAUAGAGGUGCAAGGGAAAAGCUGGGGUAGCACAGAGGAAAAGACCUUUUUUUUCGGGGAGGAUUGUGGAAGACUUCAUAGAGUCGGUGGUAUUGAGCAGAACCUUGAGAGGGCAGAGAAGGAAACGGGUGCUCUAAGAGGAAACAAAGUAAAGGAAACCAGGUGUGUGAAAGUGUGCUGUGUGCUGGGGGGCGAGUAUCGCAUGCGGCCGUGGGGUGUGCACAUCUGGUUGGUGGUGGGAGAAGCUCAGGUGCCGAGUUUGGACUGGCCGUAGGGUGCCAAGAUAGGCAUCGGAACCUGGAGAACUAACUGGAGGCACCAACAGAGCUAUUUGAAGCUGGAGCAAGGGCUGUGUAGUCUUUCUUUUGUGAAGACUAUAGAAAAGUGUUAAGUUUCUAAUACCUAUGCCUCUUGUUGGUAAACGUGAGUUUUAUAAAUCCUGCCCUUAGGAUCCUGACUCCCCAUCAGUCAAGAUUUGUCAAAUGUCACUAUCUGUAGCUAGAAAAUACAGUUGUAAGAAUAAUUGGCCUAACAGUUUUUUAAAAUGAAAAAUUAUAAUUUUGGAUAAGCAUUUCCAAAUUAACACAUUUGAUCUUGCAUGCUGUAGGUGGGAGUGUAAUUGUUAUAACUUUUAGGUGGAUAGUUUUCUGCAAUAUAUUGAAAAUGCUUGACCUCUUUGGCUAACUGUUAGAAAUGAAAUUAGUAGGAAACUUCCUAAUAGGAGUAAUCUGCCAAGUGUACACAAGCAAGUUUAUUGCACCUCUGUUCUUCAAUAGUUACAGCUCGCCCAGCCAUCCUAUUGAUAAGGGACUGGUUUAAUAGAUUAUGGUACCUUUGUGGAAUUUAUUUCGAUCAAUUAAGAGUGAAGAAUGUCUUUGGACUAAUAAGGUGUCCAAACUUUUAUGU